GUGGCUUUGGGCAACCCCAGCGUCAUGGUCCUGCCUCUAGACAUGACGGACCCCAACAGCAUUAAGGCAGCAGUCAAGAAGGUGCAGGAGAAGGUGGGAAGCGCCGGCCUCAACCUCCUGAUCAACAACACUGGCACCACACGCCACAGCACACUGGCCACUGAGACGGCAGAGAACAUGACCCUUGUCUACACCAGCAACACCAUUGGGCCCCUUCAGAUGAGCCAGGCAUUCCAGCCCUUGCUGAAGGAGGCAGCUGAGGCUGAAGGGCAGUGUGGGAUGAGCUGCAGCAGAGCUGCCAUCAUCAACAUCUCCAGCAUUCUGGGCUCCAUCGAGGCAGGGGAGGCUUGGGAAGAGAGGCAGGACAUCUGCUACCGCUGCAGCAAGGCUGCUCUGAAUAUGCUCACUAAGUGCCUGGCCCUGGAGUAUGGGGGCAGUGGGAUCCUCUGUGUGUCCGUGGACCCCGGUUGUGUGACACCCCCCUUGGGACAGGGGACGUACAUCAUGAGAUACUGCAAACAGGCUCCGAUGCCCCAUGGUGUGAGUGCAUUUCCAUGA